GCGGCCUUACGUCCUUAUUGUUUUUUGAUGUAUGGACUGUCAUGUUGGCGUAUGUCGAAUAUUCGUGUUUCGUUAUCGUAUAGAUCGUUUGGUUAUCGUCUCGUGUUUUGUUUUAUUGCGGAGGCAAUGUCUUCUAAAUCUAGAUAACGAAUAUAAGUAUGACUUACAAAUUGUUGGCUCUGUACUGCUUAAUUAAAUAUUGAGAAAAUGAAUUUCAAAUAUGAUCUAAUAACAUUGUUUGAGCUCAUUGAAGCUAGACCUUGCUUGUGGAAUAAAAAUUCUGAGGAGUUUAAGAAUAAAUCGUUACGUGAGAAGUCCUGGCAGGAAAUAUUUUCUAGCCUUGACGAUACUUAUGAAGAACAAUCAAGGGAAGAAAAGAAAAAAACAGGUGUUAUUAUAAUGUCAAAAUGGGCAAACAUAAGAGAUGCAUUCAUGAGGAGCCUAAAAACAAAAAAUGGUCAAGUUAAGAAAAAGUAUUUGUAUUCUGAGUAUCUACAAUUUCUUCUUGGUUGCCAAGCACUAAAUGAAAUGGAUAGCAGUAUGUGUGGCGAUGAGGAAAAUAGUAUGGAAUUACAUGAAAGAGAGUCUCAAUCAAGCAUUCAUAUUAUUGAUUUUGUAGACACAAACUCAAUGCAUGACACAAGAAAGGCUAAGAGGCCAAAAAGAGAUUUUGACGAUACUGAGAAAGAAUCUUUAGAUCGCUCAAAAUGUAAAGAACUUGAAUCUAUGUCAAAUAGUAAUGAAAACUUUUUUACAUCAUUUCUGCCUUACAUUUAUGAUAUGACAGAAUCUGAGAAAUUAGAACUGCAUAUGGAUAUAUUAAAGUCUAUAAAAGAUAUUAAACAAAAUAGAACACAAUCUCGUUUCCAUACACAGUCCUUAACUACAAAUCAGUGCACCUCUACAUCUCACAUUAAGCCAGACAUCACAUAAAACAAAAUUAAAGCUCAAUUUGGUCAAGAAUAACAUUAAUUUUUUUAUGCUAAAAUAUUUUAAUAUGAAGCAGUAUUAAUGUAAUACUGAUCAAGAAAUAUGAGAAAUAUUUGAUCGUUAUUAUUAAGACCUGUGCUCAAGUACAAAUUAAUUUUAGGUUAUAAUUUUUUAACCAAAAAAAAAAAAAACGGGAAAAUAUAAGUGUUGAAAGAAUAUUAGAAAAAACUAGACAGAAACAAGCCUCAAAUAAAGUAUAUCACUGAAUGCAUAAUUUUGUAUUGAGUACCAAAUGGAGAAUAAAUCUAAGAUGCAAUGUUUUAAUUUAGUGUAUGCUAUUUAUUUUUUACUUUAUGUAGUAUUAUUUAAAAUAUAUGUGGAGUCACUUUGU